AUGGUACCCUCGGUGGUGUUCUGGGGACUUAUUGCUCUCAUUGGCACUGCCAGGGGCUCAUAUCCUGGGUUCACUCACUCCACAAACCCUCAUGUGCACUCUCGUCUAUACCAUGGCUGCUACGGAGAUGUCAUGACCAUGGAGACUUUUGGGGCUCCCUGUGACAUAAACAAUCUGAUGAAUUGUGGGAUCCACGGUUCUGAAAUGUUUGCCGAGAUGGACUUGAAAGCCAUAAAGCCUUACCGGAUCCUCAUCAAAGAAGUGGGACAGAGGCACUGCAUCGACCCAGCCCUCAUCGCUGCCAUCAUCUCCAGGGAAAGCCACGGCGGGGCUGUCCUGCAAAAUGGCUGGGACCAUAAAGGACAGAGGUUUGGCUUGAUGCAGCUUGAUAAAAACAUGUACCAUCCUAUUGGUUCCUGGGACAGCAAGGAACACCUUCUACAGUCUGUUGGGAUUCUGACAGAAAGAAUUAAGGCACUGAAGAGGAAAUUUCCUACCUGGAAUGCAGCUCAGCACCUGAAAGGUGGUCUGACUGCUUUUAAGUCGGGGAUGGAAACUAUUGUCACUCCUGCAGACAUAGAAGGCGACUUAGUGGAUGACAUCAUUGCCCGUGCCAAAUUCUAUAAAAGACAUGGCUUCUAGGUAGAGAGAGUUACAUUGGUGAGGCACUCAGCUAGUCUCUCUUUCAAGGUUUAACAUUAGCCCAUUUCACUCAAUAGGAGCAAAGAAAUGGUUAAAAUUAUGAAAGAAAGUUCAUCUCCGAAGUUUUCAAUCAAAGCUAGCUAAAGAAAGGAAGGAAGAGAGGUGAGGACAUCCAACCGUUCAGUUGCUUGAACAACUGAAUACGUGCAAGGCCCCAGGUCCCAUCUUUAUCACAAAGAAAACACCCUGACUUCUCGUAUGGUUCCUAGGAAACCUACAUAGACAUACAUAUAACUUGUGGUCAGUAUGAAUAUCAUAGCAUACGGCAUGUGCAUGGUCUAGCUGUAGCCCAUGAUUCUAAUGAUCACCUAAACUCUGCCAGAAUUACUAACCAGAAGUCCCUUUCGCAGUAUCUACCCCAAUUGCUAGGACUCUGCUCAUGAGAUGUGUCUGUCUCGGAGGCCAGAUCCACCCUGGGGCAAUAGACAGAGCAGGGACACGGGUGCUGGCUGUGGCUUUUGGUUGCCUGGUGGGGAGAAGACGUGAUAACCUGUUGGAUUAUGAAGCUUUCGGCAUCUGUGCCAAGUGGCUCCUGGGAUUUUUGCUUUUGUUGGGGAUAUUUGGUGGAUAUUUUCUGCCUGUUUCUUCUCUGAGAAGGAACCAAAUUUUUACUCUCCUUCCUUCAGCCACUUUGUAAAGAGUCAGGUAAAUCUUUCUCUGCCCUGUGAUGGCUCAACCCAGCCUGAGGAAGGGGCCAGAUCAGAACUGGGAAUCAUGGAUUUGGAGACAAGGUCUUGCUCUAUAUCCCAAGAUGUCCUCAAACUCAUAGAAAUCUUCCUGCCUCAGCUUCCUGAAUUCUAGUAUUACAAGUAUGAGUGCCGUAUCUAUAGCGUAAUCAAUUCUAGGGAUCUGACAAGGCCCCAGCCUUACCAGCUAUUAACUAUUGUUCCCAACCCUGCAUGUGUGCAGACUGAGAUAUUCUUCAGAUGACCACACUGCUCAGGGGUGAUUUCUUUUGGGUUUUCCCCUGGAAGCAUCAAUUUCACCCAACACCAGCCCCUUAGAUAUCACCAUUGUAAAGAUAGCUAAUGUGUAGGCCAGGUGUGUCCAAACAGUUCACUGCCUUACUCCCCAAAGGUUUCCUCAGGCUCUCGUUCCGACCGACAUGCAGAGAUGUCCUAGAGGAGGCCACAUAGUAAAGGUGCCUUAAAUUGGCUCCCUCUGCACCAGACCUGUGACAAGAAUGUGGGUACAAGUAGUUAUG